UUGAAAACUAUAUAAAAAGCAAUAACUAAUAAUAAUAAAAAAGUUUACAUGCAAUGUGUUCACUUUACGUAAACCUGAUUCUUUUCUUCUCCAUACACUUCAAGAACUUAUUUACUUUUCUCUUCUUCAUACAUAACCUCCACACACUCCAAACUUUCCUCCAAAAACUCCUAUACAAAAAAGAAAAGAAAAUCCUAGUAUACUCAAAGCACGUACGCAAUGACACCAGACCGGUCAACUAUCCCGAUCCGGUCCAGUCCCGGGGCUCAAACUCCCCGGUCUCAAACUCAACCCAUGAAGCGUCACCAUUCAGCUAGCUACUAUGCUCACCGUGUCAAAGAAAGUCUCUCAACCCGAAUAUCCAAGUUCAUCUGCGCAAUGUUUCUCUUGGUCCUAUUCUUUAUAGGCAUCAUUGGCUUCAUCCUUUGGCUCAGCUUACGCCCUCAUCGACCACGGUUCCACAUCCAAGACUUCGUUGUCCAAGGUCUAGACCAGCCUACAGGAUUCGAGAACGCAAGAGUUGCUUUCAACGUAGCCAUAUAUAACCCAAACCAAAACAUGGGUGUUUUCUUUGAUUCCAUGGACGGUUUCAUCUACUACAAAGAUCAACGGGUCGGGUCAAGCCCAUUGCUAAGCCCGUUUUUUCAGCACCCGACUAACACAACGAUAGUGAAGGGGACGCUUACAGGAGCUUCCUUAACGGUGAAUAGUAACCGUUGGACCGAGUUUAGUAAUGAUCGUGCUCAAGGGACAGUGGCUUUUAGGCUUGAUAUAGUUUCAGUUAUUCGGUUUAAACUGUCUAGGUGGAUUAGUAGGCACCAUAGAAUGCAUGCUAAUUGCGAUAUAGUGGUUGGACCGGACGGUUUGAUCAUGCCCAAGUUUAACCAUAAACGCUGUCCUGUCUACUUCACCUAGAUUUGAUUGAUUGAUUGAUUAAUUGAUUGGUUGUUUGUUGUUUUCUCUUUUGUAUUUCACUUUCACAUUUCCUUUUGAUUGAUUUUACUUUCUUGUAAUUUGGAUUUGAGAGUGUAUGGAAAACAUAAGAUAAUGUUUGGUUACAAAAACUAAGAGUUUGGUUAAUGUGAUAA